GGACAUUGCGCGGUGGUGGCGGCGGCCACAGUGACAGCGGCGAGCUGGAGCACCAGGGCAGACACGGGAUGGCCGUCUCCGGGUCUUUGGCCAUCUCCAACAUGAGACCCAUCUUCUCUGGAUACCCGUUCCAAGGUCAGGGUCGGGUCAACCAGCUGGGUGGCGUGUUCAUCAACGGUCGACCGCUGCCCAACCACAUACGACUGAAGAUCGUCGAGAUGGCGUCGGCCGGGGUGCGACCCUGCAUGAUCUCUCGGCAGCUGCGCGUCAGCCACGGAUGCGUCUCGAAAAUCCUGAACCGCUACCAGGAGACGGGCAGCAUCCGGCCCGGCGUGAUCGGCGGAUCGAAGCCGCGCGUCGCCACGCCAGAGAUCGAGAACAAGAUCGAGGAGUACAAGAAGGAGAACCCGGGCGUCUUCAGCUGGGAGAUCCGAGACCGGCUCAUCAAGGACGGUCUGUGCGACCGCAACUCGGCGCCCUCCGUCAGCUCCAUAUCGCGGAUCCUGCGCGGAGGACCGGCAGGGGACGAGCUCAGGAAGGACCACAGCAUCGACGGCAUCCUCGGAGAAUCGGCAGGUGACUGCAGUGACACGGAGAGUGAGCCGGGUCUGACUCUGAAGAGGAAACAGCGCCGAUCGCGAACCACCUUCACCUCAGAACAGGUCGAGACGCUGGAGAAGAGCUUCGAGAAGACCCAGUACCCAGAUGUCUACACACGCGAGGAGCUGGCCCAGAAGACCAAACUCAGCGAGGCCAGGGUCCAGGUGUGGUUCAGUAACCGGCGGGCCCGCUGGAGGAAGCAGAUGGGUAACCAGCAGAGCGGCUCGUUCGGCUCGCUGGCCUUCCCCGUGUCCUACACAGGCGGACAGUACGGCGGACUGGCGGACACCGGCGGACAGCACGGACACGACCCGUCAGCCUGGAGCCGGUCGGCGGCCGCCGGGUACGGGCCGUCACUCCUGCAGCAGCAGUCGUGCUCCAGUGGCUUCCAGACCUUCCCGGAGGCGGCUGCGGCCAUGCCCAGCCUUCAGACCCAGGCGGCGCUGCAGACCCAGAUGGCCAGCCUGCUGGGGUCUGCCGGAGGCACGGGAGCUGCCGCGGCAGCCACCGCUGGCUACGGCGUCCAACAGGGCACCGCGCAGCAGUCCUCAGUGGCAGCGGCGGCCGGCUGGAACUUCCACAGCAAGGAGACAACCACGACGGCCCAGACGGUGGGGGCCAACUCCAACCCCGCGGCGGCCGCCUGGAGCCACUCCUUCGGCGCUGCCGACAACUACAACGUGGGCUCCGGCAGCGAGUUCCUGAUGUCGCCGCACUACGGCGGACAGUUUCCCGCGAACGGCUACAAUCACCACCAACAGCUAAAGCAGCGAGGGCUCGGACUGUUCUAAUCGACUGCGACUUAUACAGCUAUUCACAAAUUAUCAUUACACAGUGAUUCUGUGGAGUCAGAACGGACAGAUCCAGCCGUGAAGUGAGACGGUCGUCACAAGUGUGUGCUGACAUAUUGCUCGAAUAUAUUGCAUUCUGGCGAGCAGCGGCGAUUUAACUGCCCGUGCGCAGCUCAUUCCAGCUGUCGAAGGGUUCUACGGUCUCUACGUGAAACCUUUAAUGUUAAACUUGCCUUUCAGUAUUAUGCCUUGCUUCCCAAAAUCUCGGAUGGUAUUAUUGUAUGAUGCUGACAUAUCGCCUCGUGUGUGAUUGCGUACACUCCUAUAGACAUUGGUGAGACGUCCGUCUGUUUUUGUGUUAUUUGAUGCAUUGAUUCAUUGUGCGCUAUUAUUUUGUUGGAGUGCCAUAUCUUUCUAUAUGUCGGGCACUGACUCUCCGGCAGAAGUCCACCUAUAAAGGUUCCCGACAAGUUUGGUUGCUUCUUUUUGCUGCAUGCACUUUAUAAAGGCGCAUGGAAAAAAUAAAGCCGACAUCUUUCAAUACGAUGCGUAUCAAAAGGUCGGCUUAUCGUAUUCAUUCCCACCAUUAUGCAGAUAUAUCUGGUCAAAUAAGCGCGGCGUGAUCUGGCUUUGUGCAGCUGUGCUAUGGCCAACCGAUGUGCCAAUUAUGGUGUAUGAAAUCGUCAUUUAAGUGUAUAUGUCUAUUUUGCAUUAGAGUUGUGACGUGCAUUGCGAGUUUCAAGGCGUGCUGCUUCCUAUGUGUCCCAGUUGAAAUAUUUUCACCACGCAUCUAAACUAGCGAAAUUUCAUGACUUUUCGGCAGAUACUGUUUGACUAAUCGUUUUAACAAUCCUCAUUUCCUGUUUGUUAACAGACUGUAGGUUACAUAAUAUGACUUGAGCUUGAGGUGACCAUUGUAUGCCGUGCAUUGUUUUUUUUUUCUUUGCGUUAUUGCAUAGUAGGUAUGAGUAUUGGAAGUGAUAGUUGCCUUUUGCGGUUCCUUGGAAAUCAAUAAAGGUAAAAACAACAUAGG